AUGCUAACCCAAAAAUUGACUCCAGACCAGGUCGAUCUUUACCAUCAACAAGGAUACAUCAUUAUAAAAUCCUUUUGCAAGCCCGAUGAAGUCAAUAAACUAUACAAUGCUGCGUUGGAAGAUACUACAAUGCUUAACAAUGCUUUCGAUCUUAACGAUCAAAGCGGUAAAAAAACAAGACUAUCACUUUGGUUCACGCCCGGCAAUGAUGUUUUUGGGUAUUUAACCCGCAGCGAAAAGAUGAUAGGUUCAGUAAAACAAUUGUUAGGUGGCGAUGCACCGGUUUGCCACUAUCAUUCAAAAGUGCUGCAAAAGGAACCAAAAGUUGGUGGAGCAUGGGAGUGGCACCAGGAUUAUGGUUACUGGUAUAAAAACCAGUUUAUGUUCCCUGAUCAGUUAAUCAGUGUGAUGGUUGCACUGAAUCGAGCCAAUAAGGAAAACGGUUGUUUGCAGGUGAUCAAAGGCUCGCAUAAAAUGGGCAGAGUAAAUCAUGGUUUCGCAGGCGAACAGAUGGGAGCCGAUAUGCAGAUGGUGAAUAACGCACUGAAAACGAUGGAAUUGGUCUAUGUGGAAGUAGAAGCCGGUGAUGCACUGAUGUUCCAUACUAACCUGUUACACCGGUCAGAAGCUAACCUGUCAGAUCACUCGCGUUGGUCGAUAAUUUCCGGCUUUAACCUGCAAUCAAACCCGGCCUAUAAUGAGACGUCAACAUCCUAUAAAGUGCCGGUUAAUGUAGUGCCGGAUAAUGCUAUUAUAGAUUGGGAUGCCGACUCAUUAUCAAAUGCCGAUUUCUUGAAAAAAGAAAAUGAUCCGGCUUUGAAAGAAACAGGAUGGGAGAAAGCCUAG